AAAGAAAAAAUGCGUGCCAACGAUAUUAUUCGCUCUUCUUCUACGUUGACACAUGAUUCAUCUGUUUUAAUGUACUCCUUUCCCUCCAGAGUGCGCCUCUGUUCCAAGCAUGACGUCUAACAUAAGCUCGUCUGUCGGUCGACGUUCCAAUUUGAAGAUAGCUAGUGGAGCGGUAAUAUGCGACGAAAGUAUCUUGAAAGGAGAUAUUACGAUCGGCACAGGAACCGUAGUACAUCCUAGGGCAAGCAUUUUGGCUGAAGCUGGCCCAAUAAUUAUCGGAGAAGGAAAUAUUAUAGAAGAGAUGGCAACAAUAGCAAACAGAUCACCACCAGAUGCUCCAGAAUCCACAAUAAUACCUGUACAAAUAAUUGGUAACUAUAAUGUUUUCGAGGUAGAUUGUAUCUGCGAAGCGCAUAAAGUUGGGGAUAACAAUAUUUUAGAAACUAAAGCACACAUUUCUAGUGACGUAGAACUAACUAACGGAUGUGUAAUAGGAACAGCUUGUUCCUUAGUAGAACAGGAAACUGUUCCAGAAAAUACUGUAAUAUAUGGCAGCAGAUGCCAACGUAGAGAAAUGAAUGACAAACCAUUCCCACAGGUAGGACAACUCGACUAUCUAAUGAGGAUAUUACCAAAUUAUCAUCAUUUAAGAAAGCCUAAUGUGAAAUCAAUGAAAGUAGAACCGACGGUAUAAUCAUGGAAUUGUUGUCAGAUUUCUAACAAUAUAUAUCUAACCCAAACUAUACCAGUUAUAUUCUCUAUAUACAUAAAUA